GGCCUGUGCACCUGGCGUCUGGACUCAGAAGAACUAAGCAAGCCUUUUGCUUGUUGAAGGACUCUUGAUGGGCAGAAGAGUGCUGAGUGCAUGGUGGGGUCAGCAUCUCAUGCUUUUAGGAUGAGGGGACCCGCCAGGUGUCCUGAGUGUGGGGCACCACACUCUCCUGCUUCUUCUAUGACAUAUUCACUGUUGCUCUCCCCAUGCUACAGGGACCUUGGCUAUUGGUGUGUCAGCCCAGUCCUUCUUCCACUGCUUCACAUUGGCCAGUGCUGCCUUCAACCUACAGGUGGCCACCCCUGGGGGAAAGGCCAUGGACUUUGUGGAUGUGACCGAGAGCAAUGCACGCUGGGUACAAGACUUCCGUCUCAAAGCUUAUGCCAGCCCCGCUAAGCUUGAGUCCAUAGAUGGUGCCCGGUACCAUGCUCUUCUGAUUCCCAGCUGUCCUGGCGCCCUGACUGACCUUGCCAGUAGUGGGUCCCUGGCUCGGAUACUGCAGCACUUCCGCUCAGAGAGCAAACCCAUCUGUGCCAUUGGCCAUGGUGUCGCUGCCCUGUGCUGUGCUACCAAUGAAGACAGGUCCUGGGUGUUCGAAGGCUACAGCCUGACAGGGCCUUCUGUGUAUGAGCUCAUCAGGGCACCUGACUUUGCCCGCCUGCCGCUGGUUGUGGAGGACUUUGUGAAGGACUCUGGCGCUGGCUUCAGUGCCAGUGAGCCCGACGCUGUGCAUGUGGUACUGGACCGCCACCUGAUCACUGGUCAGAAUGCAAACUCCACUGUUCCCGCUGUCCAGAACCUGCUCUUCCUCUGUGGCAGCCGAAUGAGACUACAGGUGUGUGCUAACUAUGCCAGGCCUCCUGCAAUUUCACCUCUGCUCCAACUUUGCCCCUGGGUGAAGGAGAAAAGGCCCAACCCACACAGGAACUCACCAUGAGCAUCCGCUCUAACUUAAUGGCAUCAGCAGCAAACUUUCGGAUCCCGUCGGAGAGCUUCUCCACAGCCAUUUGGUCCUCAUUGUGAAGCCAACGGAAGGCCUUCUCGUCCAGAUGUAUCUUCUCCAAGUCACUGGUCUGGGCUGGAGGAUACCACAGCUCUCCAUGCCUGCCUUACCCUUCGACUCAUAACUGUCCCUCAGCCUAGGCUGAGUAUCUCCCAUCAGGGUCAGGCCUUAGCUCCGCCCACACAGAGGUCCUUAUGGCCCCUUGGCCUUACCCGCUUUGACGGAAAGCACAGGUGACAGCUUGGUGUUAUCCUUGAGCAGCUCCCCCAGGAGCUUGGGCGAGAUGGUGAGGAAAUCACAGCCUGCCAGUGCUUUGAUCUCACCAGUGUUACGGAAGGAGGCGCCCAUGACAAUGGUCUUGUAGCCAAACUUCUUGUAGUAGUUAUAGAUUUUGGUGACACUCUUUACCCCUGGAGGAGACACAGGCAUGUUCCCUAGAGCUGCCCUGAGCUGCUGUCUGACCCCACCCUGACCUUGUCUCUAGCCCUGCUGGUAAACACAGCAGUUCCCCUGCCCCAUGAUCUUAAAAUGUGGCUCACCAGGGUCCUCCUGGGGUUCAUAGGAUUUCUUGUCUGUGUUUGCCACAUGCCAGUCAAGGAUGCGCCCCACAAAGGGGGAGAUGAGCGUCACACCCGCUUCAGCACAGGCCACGGCCUGGGCGAAGGAGAAAAGCAGCGUCAUGUUGCAGUGGAUGCCAUGCUGCUCCUCCAGCUCCCUGUGGACAAGAUGGCAGGGACAAUGCUGAGUGCCACCUCAGGCUGAGCUCUGGCACCCGCUGCUCCCCAAGAGUC